AUGGCUCCCAGGAUAGGUGCUGAGGCCUCACUCAGGUCUGGGCUCUGUUUGGGGAUUGAAAGUCAUGCUGCCCAGCCAACAUUAAUUCUGACACUCUUCACUAGUAUGCUGGUGACUUGGCUUGAGGCUGUUAACCUCGCUGUGGGCUUCCAGGUUCUGAACAUCUCCCAUCCAUUCAGUGUGCAAAGGCUGGGUGCAGGUCUCCAGAUUGCCAUGGACAAGAUCAACUCAGAGACAGUGGACCUCAGAAGCUUCAGCUGGGAAUUCACUUAUAACAACUCAACUUGCAGCAUCAAGGAGUCUCUUGCUAUUCUCACCAAUCAGGUCCAGAGACAACAGAUUUCUGCCCUGUUUGGACCAGGAUGUCCAGAAGCAGCAGAGAUUAUUGGCUUGCUGGCCUCAGAGUGGAAUAUCCCUGUGUUUGACUUCACUGGACAAACUGCAAAACUGGAGGACAACUUCUUACAUGACACCCAUGUGACACUCGUGUCACCCAGGCACAAAAUUGGUGAUGUGCUCCAGAGAAGUCUCCAGUACCUGGGCUGGAAACACACUGGGGUGUUUGGAGGUCACUCUGGGACUUCCUCCUGAGAUGGAGUGGAUGAAUUGUGGAAGGUUGUAGAGAAUGGACUCAAAACCCAUUUCCCUAUCACUGUCAGUGUGAAAUACACCAACAAUGACCCAGCCUUCCUUCAAGAGAACCUUAGAAGCAUGUCGUUGGCUGCCAGAAUUAUCAUCCUAAUCUGCAGCUCGGAGGAUGCAAAAAUUAUUCUGCUGACUGCAAAGAACCUGGGACUCAGCACAGGAGAAUUUGUCUUCAUUCUUGUGCAGUGGUUGGAGGACAGCUUUUGGAAGGAGGUAUUGACAAAUCAGAAGGUGACGCACUUCCCCACGGUCUACGAGUCAGUGUUUCUCAUAGCCCUGGACUCCUAUGGAGAAGGCCCUGGAGAUGCAGGCUUCUGGAAGCAAGUCUACCAAAGGCUGAGGAGGCCUCCCGUCUUCAGCACCAUUUCCACAGAGGAGCAGGUCUGGUGUGUGACUGCUGUGAUCCUCACAACGACCCUCCUGAUUACUGUCCUGGGAGCUGUGAUCAUAGGUCUGAUUUUAAGGAUGCAGAGUGGAAAAUUGCAAAAGCAGAAUAAAGACAUAUGGUGGCAAAUCAAUUAUGAUGACAUCACCAUUCUGGCCCAGAACAAGCCAUCUCGGAGAGGCACACCUGUGUCGAGAGGGGACAAGAGUCAUUCUUCUGGUGUGAUGGUUUCUGGGGACGCCAGUUCCUUUGUCAAGAGCCAGCAGGGGCAAGAGCUCUUUUAUGCCCCAGUAGGGCUUUACCAGGGAAACCAUGUGGCCAUCUGCUAUGUUGGUGACCAAGCUAAAGCCUGGGUCAGGAAACCAUCUGUGCUGCAGGAAAUCCGGCUGGUGUAUGAAUUAAGGCACGAAAACAUUGUCCCCUUCUUUGGUAUUUGCACAGAACCACCCAACAUCUGCAUUGUCACCCAGUAUUGCAAGAAAGGGAGUCUUAAGAAUGUUUUGAGAAACUCAGAUAAGGCGACGGAUUGGAUAUUCAAACUGUCAUUUGCAUAUGACAUAGUCAAUGGCAUGCUGUCCCUCCACUGGAGCCCCCUGGGGUCCUAUGGCAACCUGAAGCCUUCCACCUGCCUGGUGGACAGCCGGAUGCAGGUGAAGCUGAGGGGCUUUGGGCUGUGGGAGCUCAAGCAUGGCCGGACCUACAGAACGUACAGCGAGGGACCGACAGACCACUCGGAAUUCUACUGGACGGCCCCCGAGCUCUGGCGGCUCCCAGAGGCGCCCUGGUCCGGCACCCCAAAGGAAGAUGUUCACAGCUUUGCCAUCCUGAUGACGGAGCUGAUCCACAACCAGGACCACGGGCCUUUUGAGGACCUCGACGAGGCGCCAGAUAAAAUCAUCAGCCGAAUCAAAGACCCCACGGCUUCAGUUCCAUUUCGAUCUUCCCUGUCAGAGGAGAAGGGCAAUGAGAAGGUUGCGGUCAUGGUGAAGGCCUGUUGGGAUGAAUCUCCAGAGAAAAGGCCCACUUUCUCAUCCAUCAAAAAAAUUUUACGAGAAGCCAGUUCCAAAGGCCACGUGAACAUCCUAGACAGUAUGGUGAGCAAGCUGGAUGUGUAAGCCAAUCACCUGGAGGACGUGGUGGAAGAGAGGACCAACCAGCUGAUGGCGGAGAAGAGGAAAGUGGAUAGGCUUCUGUCCACAAUGCUGCCAAGCUUCAUUGGAGAACAGCUCAUAGCUGGAAGGUCUGUGGAACCGGAACGUUUUGAGUCCAUGACAAUCUUUUUCUCUGACAUUGUUGGAUUCACAAAACUGUGUUCUCUCAGCUCCCCCCUACAAGUUGUGAAGCUCCUUAAUGACCUGUACAGUUUAUUUGAUCAUAUCAUUAAGACAUAUGAUGCGUCUAAGAUGGAAGCCACUGGAGAUGCAUACAUGGUGGCUAGCGGACUUCCCAUGCGCAGUGGAAUCCAGCACGUGGACGAGAUUGCCACGAUGUCCUUGUACCUCCUCAGUGCCACUGUCUACUUCCAGAUGGGGCACAUGCCUGAGGAGAAGCUCAGGCUCAGGACUGGGAUCCACACCGGUCCUGGGGUGGCUGGCGCGGUUGGAAUCACCAUGCCCAGGCACUGUCUGUUGGGAGACACUGAACAUACUGUGUUUCAUCAGCAGACUUCAGGGGCUGCUCCCUAA